CCUCUCUCUCUCUCCUUCUCUCUUUCUCAAUAAAUUUCUCAUCUUGAUCAUCCAAGAUUCCUCCCACUUGUCCACCCAAAAAAUAUCCCAUAUCAAAAAUACAAUUUCAAUCCCAUUUCUCUUCUUCAACCAUGGCCGAAGAACAAGAAUUUCAAUCCCCAGAAGACCACCGUCUCUGCGCAAACAACUGCGGUUUCUCCGCUACCCCAGCAACUCUAAAUCUCUGUUCUAAAUGUUAUAGAGAUCAUCAAAUCAAAGAUAAUCAAGCCAAAUCAGCCAAAUCCGCCGUUGAAAUCUCUCUCCUACCUUCCUCAUCUUCAUCCACCUCGCCGCCGACGACCCUUUUACCCAUAGACAAACCAGAUCCGGUCGUGGUUCUCGCUAAUUCGCCGCCGGUCAAGGAAUUUACCGCGGCGUUGACCACGAACAGGUGUUUUUCCUGUCGGAAAAAGGUGGGUUUGACUGGAUUUGGUUGUCGUUGUGGAUCGACUUUCUGCGGGGUUCAUCGGUACCCAGAAAGGCAUAGUUGUUCGUUUGAUUAUAAAUCGGCUGGAAGAUUUGUGAUUGCUAAGGAGAAUCCUUUGGUUAAGGCAGAUAAGCUGCAGAAGAUUUGAAUUUUUAUUACUUGUUGAAUUUGAUCAUGCAUCAUUGAUUGAUCUAUCAUGAUCUGUACCAGUCAUUUGUAUUUUAAGUUUUUUUUUUUUUUUAAUGGUGAUUAAUUAUGUGUAAUUAGAAUAAUAAUAUAUUAUUACUAUCUAGUUUCUUUA